CUCAUCGACAUGUACCCAACAUGCACACGCACAAUCAUUAGACUGCCUGGACAUCCGAGCCGCUCGCACUCUGUUGGACAACGACCACUAUGCCAUGGAUAAGCUGAAGAGACGUGUGCUGGAGUACCUGGCUGUGAGACAGCUGAAGACUUUACUGAAGGGACCCAUCCUCUGCUUCGUGGGGCCCCCAGGAGUAGGUAAGACCAGUGUGGGACGGUCCAUAGCGAGGACUCUGGGCAGAGAGUUUCACCGCAUCGCUUUGGGAGGCGUCUGUGACCAAUCGGACAUCCGAGGACACAGGCGCACGUACGUAGGGAGCAUGCCGGGCCGCAUCAUCAACGGUCUGAAGACGGUGGCCGUCAAUAACCCCGUGUUCCUCCUGGACGAAGUGGACAAACUGGGGAAGAGCCUGCAAGGAGACCCUGCAGCGGCCCUUUUAGAGGUCCUGGACCCGGAGCAGAACCACAGCUUCACUGACCAUUACCUCAACGUGGCCUUCGACCUGUCCCAAGUGCUCUUUAUUGCCACAGCAAACACCACAGCCACCAUCCCCCCCGCCCUGCUGGACAGGAUGGAGGUGCUGCAGGUACCAGGCUACACUCAGGAGGAGAAGGUGGAGAUAGCACACCGUCACCUGAUCCAAAACCAGCUGGAGCAGCAUGGGUUAACCCCUCAACAGCUGCAUAUACCACAGGACACCACACAGAAUAUCAUCAGCAGGUAAACGCACUCACGCAUAACUCUUAAAUAUAAUAACAGACACAUUUGAUUAAAUCCUCACAUCAUCUGUAAAUGCGAUGGUUGACAUGUAGGGGAUUUGCAAUUUGCCCUGUGAUUUAGUUAGUAUUAGUGGUCACAAAAUACCUCAUUAGUGUAGAGACCCUGUCCAGUGGUCAGUUACCUGCGGUCCACUGUGGCCAAUGCAUUUACAGGUGCAUCAGAUUUUUCUCCUACAACGGAAAACACAGCAUGCUUCAGAGCUGAUGUUACACAGGAAUAUAAAAAACAAAUAACACUCAAUUCCCAAGAUUACAUGCACUUUAUUGUUGCAUGUUCACAAGAGCAUGUGUAUGUUGUGUAUGUGGCAGAGCUCUCUAGGAUCUGAGGCUUACUUGGAAUCCCACUGGUCAUCAGAGUGUGUCAUUAAGUUGUCGAGUAGUUUGGUGACUAUUUGUCUUGAAUGCUGACCAGUGCUUCGCUGUCAGCGCAACCUUUUGAUGAGAGAGAGAACAUCUUUAAACCAGAUGUAGGUUUAUCUGUACGCCUAUGCUUGAAACACAUCAGCGUUAUUGUCCUCCACAGAGCACAUCAUGCCUUUCACCAUGGAUUCGGUUCCGGUGUUGAUUUUUAUUAAAAGUCUUGCUUUGGAUCUCAUUCAGUUCUUUGCGGUAUAAUACAGCAUACUGUUAGUUAAAGUGGCUUUGAGUUUUUCCUAUCUCUCUCUCGAUUAUAGUCAUACUUCAGCGACAUAGUGACAUCUCUACUGUGCUACUAUCGGCUAGCGCUCCAACACAGUAUACAUGAUAGUCUAAGGGGCGGGACAUCUC